AUGGAUGGACAAAAAGAAACAAAUAGCGGCAAUAGUACUGUUGCCAUCAAUGUUGACAGCCCCGUUAUCAAUAAUGUUGACAGCCCUGUAAUCAACAAUGUCGACAGUCCCAUCAUUAUGACAGAAGUUGUCGAUGUUGACAGAAGCAAUGGUAAUGGUAGUGGCGUCAACGGCAGCAGCAACAAUGACAAGAAGACCGAUUCCAUUGAUGUCGACAGUACAAAUAGUCCAAUAUCCAAUAUAGAUCAAGAUAGGAAUACACUGCGAUCAAUGUGGCAGCUGCCAUCAGUUCAGUACUUUAUAACAGUGUUCAAGGACGCACUACAUAUCAAGGUGCCAAUAUACAUCGAUGACCUGGAGAAUGCACUUCUCGAGCCUGCCAACGACGACAGCAAGACACUGCUCGCUGAUUUGUUCAUGCCAGUGUUACGUGGCCUUGUAAAGGGUCCAAUAACCGCUACCACAUGGGAGAAAGUGUUAAAGGUUGAACUGGGCAAGCGUACGAAUGUGUUCCACAAGAAUCCAUUUGGACAAGGAGAUCAUUUCACAGACGUUAACAUCAGCAAUAGAUUGCUGGCUAUCAAGUGUCUCUGUGAUCUGCACAUGAGCAAGACCAAGUCAGUGCUGGACCAAAUCAACAACAACCCAGAUCUCGAUGCAAUGCGACCCGAGUCCAUUGGAAAAGACGAAGAAGGACGACUCAUCUGGUUCUUUGAUGAUGGAAGAUUAUAUAGAGAGGCACCGCCACCUCCUCGAGGCACACCAUCAAAGUCACGCAAGUCAUUGGAUGGCAAGGACAGGAGAUGGGAGGUAGUGUGCUCGACAAAGGAGGAAUGGGUCGAGUUUGUAAAUAGUCUGGCCGGUAGCACAGAUGAUCAGGUGAAGGAACUGCACUCAUUGUUGGACAAGGAGAUAAUGCCAUUGGGAUUGGCCAAGAUCCAAAACUACAAGAAACUGGUCACAAAGAAAGAGCGAGAGAAGAACAGAGAGACACAGCUGGCACACAGAGCCGUGGCGUCACUGGCGUUGCCACCUGGCUACAGACAGUUCCGAUCACCAAGGCUGUUGGAGCAGAACUUGAAGAAGCUGGAGGCGGAGCGAUUGGAGAAGGAGAGGAGGAAACAGUUGGGCUUGCCAGAUGACGAGCCAGAUGAGGAGGACGACGAUGACAAUGACGAGGACAACGAUGAGGAUUACCUCGAUGACGAUGAGGAGCAAGUCGAGGCAAAGACAAAGAGAGUGAAGCGUGUGCCAAUCGUGCCACUGCGACAGACAAGCAGUGGAAGAAGGAUCAUUGCACGUAAAGUCGAUCAGAAUGGAAUGCCACUGCUGUCAUCAGAUGCCAGAAGGUUGGCUGAGGACGCCGCCAUGGAAGAGGACAAUGUUGAGGACACCAUGGAGGAUGAUAAUGAUCAAACAUCUACUACCACAACUACAACCACAACAACAUCCACCAAUGGACAUGAUAAUAAUGAUCAAAUGGAGGAGGAGCAGGAAGAGGACAACAAAGAGGAUAUUGAUGCCGAUGACCAGGAA